AUGGAUUUUCAAAAUCGGCCCGGAGGCAAAACUGGCGGUGGAGGUGUAGCAUCAUGGUCUGAAAGCAACCGAGACCGACGGGAGAGGCUAAGGCUACUUGCUCUCGAAACUAUAGAUUUAAAUAAGGAUCCUUAUUUUAUGAAAAAUCAUUUAGGUUCAUAUGAGUGCAAAUUGUGCUUAACCCUUCAUAAUAAUGAAGGCAGUUACUUGGCUCAUACUCAGGGAAAGAAACAUCAAGCCAAUUUAGCUCGUAGAGCAGCUAAGGAAGCUAAAGAAGCACCUCAACAAUUGGCUCCCGAGAAACCGAGAAUAGAACCAAAAAAGUUUGUUAAAAUUGGUCGACCUGGUUACAGAGUGACAAAACAAAAGGAUCCUGAAAAUGGGCAGCAAAGCUUGUUGUUUCAAGUUGAUUAUCCAGAAAUAGCUGAAGGAGUACAGCCUAGACACCGUUUCAUGUCUGCUUAUGAACAGAAAAUUGAACCUCCAGACCGCAGGUGGCAAUAUUUGCUUUUUGCUGCUGAGCCAUACGAGACAAUAGCCUUUAAAGUGCCCAGUAGGGAAGUUGAAAAGCAUGAUUCUAAGUUUUGGACACACUGGAACAAGGAUACAAAACAAUUUUUCCUUCAAUUUGCAUUUAAAAUGGAGCCUUUGAGAAUGCCUCCACCUCCACCUAAAAUGUGGGAAAAUCAUGGCAUUCGCCUACCACCACCCCCUGGUGCACCGAUGAUGGGAGUUCCCCCUCAUCCUCCACUGUUGCCUGUGCCUCCUCCACCUCCAUCUAUG